AGAAGAAAGGGGAAAAUACCCCAGGCCUUCAGGGAAACUAAUGCUCUUCCGUGGAGUAGGGUGUGUUGCUAUUUGGGCUUGUUUUCCCCAAAUAGAAUAAUUUAUCAGCCUUUAUUUUCAAGAUAAAGAGGCAUCACUGAUAAACUUUCCAUUCCCGCCCCUUCUAGCAGCAGCCUCGCUUGCUAGUUAGUAGCUGCUGUCAUCGAGAACAGGGUCUAUUUAAAUGGAAGAAUUGCUCACGGAGGAGUGGAAAUGAAGCAGGAGGAUGACCUUUUACUGAAGCAAAAUCAGGUCAAAAUAUAGGACUAUUAUAGGGCAGAAAAGCAGUAUUUAAUACAACAAGAAUUAGCUAAGGAAGAUUCCAUUUCUCUCUUUAUAGUUUUUUUCACUUCCAGAUAUCUUGUAUGCACCUCCCUUUGACUUUCCAGUGUAGUCUUUCAAAACCAGGAGGAUGAAAGCAUCCCAAAAGCAUGGGAGGAAAAUCCUAUGGUAUACGUAGUCCUGAGAAUUAAGGUUUUUCCUUUGUAAUGUGCAGGGUUUGCAAACAUGUUCAUUAAGACAUGUUUCUGGGGUAUGUGGCAUUGUUCUCUCCCCUCUAUGUUUACGUUUCUGUAUUAAACAGGAGCUGACAAAAUACAACUAAUCUGAUCUUACGUAGCAUAGCUCUUGCAUGUAGUCUUUAUUCAGCAAAAGACAGUUUGCCCCAGCUUAGCCAAGAUCAGUAAGCCUGCACGUCUCCGGCUUUCCAUUCCCGCCCCUUGUAGCGGUAGCCUCCCUCACUAGUAGCUGUUGUAAGAGGAAGUGCUCUCGGUUGUUUUAAAAAAGAGCUGUCAUGAUUUGCAGCAUGGGGAGGAGGCAGCUGGAUAAACAGAGACCUCUCUUUCCAAACUAGGACUGAAUCUCCACAGGCUGGCAGCCUGUCCUCUUCCAGUGGCCCACACUCUUCACCUGCAGGAUUUCUCCUUCAGCUUCGGAUCAGCCCCUAAUCUCCAUGGAAUCCUUUUUCAAAAAGCACUUCAGGAGGAAGAUUGCAUCAUCAGGGCCCCAACGCACCAGUGUGGUGGCCUUGCCUGCCAGCAGAGCCAGGCGGCGUUCUGUGGUAGGUCAGCCCUCUACCAUACUUGUGGAACGCCGGCGCAGAUCCAGUGCUCAGCUGCAAGAGAUGUCUUGCUUGGGCUUCCCAAGCAAACGUAGGUUGUGUUCCCGGAGGCGAUCUAGUACCACCACCCCUCGCAUGAGCCCUAGAUUUUCUGUCCAGAAGAAGCGUGGGGGCCAUGUGCACACCAUAGACACACAUCUCAUAGGGCCCUCUUUGCUGCUAGCCAGUCUCAUCCAAGUGUACAAGGAAGAAGAAAGGAGACAGUCACAUUGUACUGAAAGCUCCAGCUCAGGGUCCCCUAAAGAUGGGAUGGUGGACAGUGACUGGAGUGAGGAAGCGCUCUCCUCGGGAUCUGAAGGAGCAGAGUUCGAAAAGAAGGAACUGCAGACUGAGUGCUCACUAUAUACCAUUCCCCCAAUCCAACGCCUUCCUGAUUUAAGACCUUUCCUACGAGACCCUUAUUACCUGCGCCGCAGAUCCUCCCACCUCCUUCCUGCAGAAUUUGUGCACAGCAGAGCAGUCUACGGGCUUCAAGGCCGCUACAGAUACUUCAACCAGCGGCGGUGCUCAGGUGAAACCCCCAAGCCAAGUGCUUUGCUUCAGCCAUGCAGGUUUGAAAGGGCUGCCAGGAGGUGGAAGGUGCCUGUCGGAACCAGUUGGCUGCCACUGAGUACCCAUAAAUGCUUGGGAGUGGAUCCUGCCCUCAGCAGCUGUGGCAGUGACUCCUCUGGAGGCUGCAAUGCCCUUUUGACAAAAGCCAUUGCCAAGUCGGGUCUCCAGCACAUGGUAGCCCAGCCAAACCCCACAUUUGCCUUAAGAAGUGACUCAGAGAGGGAGAUUCGUAACUCUGUUGAUUGGAGUGAGACUGCAGUUUAUGGGGAGCACAUCUGGUUUGAAACCAAUGUCUCUGGGGACUUCUGCUAUGUCGGGGAACAAAACUGUGUGUCAAAAAUGCUGCAAAAACCUAUGUCCAAGCGCAAAUGUGCAGCCUGCAAAAUUGUAGUCCACACACCCUGCAUAGAACAAUUAGAAAAAAUUAAUUUCCGAUGCAAGCCUUCCUUUAGAGAAUCUGGAUCAAGGAAUAUCCGGGAGCCUACUAUUGUGCGGCAUCAUUGGGUACACCGGAGACGCCAGGAAGGGAAAUGUCGACAAUGUGGAAAGGGUUUCCAGCAGAAAUUUGCCUUCCACAGCAAGGAAAUUAUAGCCAUCAGCUGUUCCUGGUGUAAGCAGGCAUACCACAGUAAAGUUUCAUGCUUCAUGCUGCAGCACAUUGAAGAGCCCUGUUCAUUGGGGGCACAUGCUGCUGUUGUCAUCCCUCCCACCUGGAUUUUGCGUGUCCGUCAUCCCCAAAACCCUCUGAAGUCAAGUAAGAAGAAGAAAAGAACUUCCUUCAAACGAAAAUCCAGCAAGAAGGGGCCUGAGGAAGGAAGAUGGAAACCCUUUGUUAUCAAGCCCAUUCCAGCACCUCUCAUGAAGCCUCUGCUUGUGUUUGUGAACCCCAAGAGUGGUGGGAAUCAGGGAACAAAGAUAUUCCAGUCUUUUAUGUGGUACCUCAACCCUCGGCAAAUUUUUGAUCUCAGCCAGGGAGGUCCCAAAGAAGCGUUGGAGUUGUAUCGUAAAGUGCACAACUUACGGAUUCUGGCAUGUGGAGGAGAUGGUACAGUGGGAUGGAUCCUGUCAAUUUUGGACCAGUUACGCCUGAAUCCUCCACCUCCUGUGGCCAUUCUGCCUUUGGGGACAGGAAAUGACCUAGCAAGAACACUGAACUGGGGCGGGGGAUAUACCGAUGAACCGUUGUCAAAAAUCCUGUCUCAUGUAGAAGAAGGGGAAAUUGUGCAACUUGAUCGCUGGAAUCUACAAGUGGAGCCCAAACCUGAGGGAAAUCCAGAAGAGAAGGAUGAAACAGCCACAGAUAAGCUCCCUCUUGAUGUCUUCAACAAUUACUUCAGCCUUGGUUUUGAUGCUCGAGUGACACUGGAAUUCCACGAAUCUCGAGAGGCCAAGCCAGAGAAAUUUAACAGUCGAUUUCGGAAUAAAAUGUUCUAUGCUGGGACAGCAUUCUCCGAUUUUCUCAUGGGAAGCUCUAAAGACUUAGCAAAACACAUCAAACUGGUGUGUGAUGGAACAGAUCUGACUCCCAAGAUCCAAGAUCUUAAGCUUCAAUGCCUCGUCUUCCUAAACAUUCCAAGGUACUGUGCAGGCACAAUGCCUUGGGGUAACCCUGGAGAGCAUCAUGAUUUUGAACCCCAGCGCCAUGAUGAUGGCUGCCUUGAAGUCAUUGGCUUCACCAUGACCUCGCUGGCAGCACUGCAAGUGGGUGGCCAUGGAGAACGGCUGCAGCAGUGCCGGGAAGUGGUACUUACCACAUCCAAAGCCAUCCCCAUGCAAGUGGAUGGGGAACCUUGCAAGCUGGGAGCUUCCUGCAUACGCAUUUCAUUGCGCAACCAAGCAAACAUGGUGCAGAAGACCAAGAGGAGAAACUCCAUGCCUCUGUUGAAUGAUCAGCAACCAGUUCCAGAACGGUUAAGAAUCCGUGUAAGCCGAAUUGGCAUGCAUGACUAUGAGGCACUUCAUUAUGACAAGGAGAAACUCAAAGAAGCCUCCGUGCCUUUAGGAAUUAUCGUGGUUCCAGGAGACAGUGAUUUGGAAUUAUGCCGGAGCCACAUUGAAAGGCUUCAAGAGGACUUCUCUUCUUGUACUUCCACUAUUCAGAAUCUGUUUCCUCAGGAGGGAGAUGGAGUCAAACCAAAGACAUUGUCAUGCCAGAAGCUCUCCCCCAAAUGGUGCUUCCUAGACUCAACCACCGCAGAUCGUUUUUAUAGAAUAGACCGUGCCCAGGAACAUCUUAAUUAUGUAACAGAGAUCACCCAGGAUGAGUUGUUUGUGUUAGACCCAGAACUAGUGCGCACUCAAACAGUGGGCACAUCUCCUGCCAUGCCUGACCUUGUUGAUGUUCCCUCAACACCUACAAAGCAACACCUUCCUCUCCCAAUUUCACCACCGUCUACACCAGUCUCCAGCUCAGCAGUGGACAGCAGCCAGACCCUUAAAGAUGAUGCUUUGAUAGAUGCUGCCAAGAAUAACAAUUUUUCCAAGUUCAAAGAAUUGCACCAGGCUGGCAAAGACUUGAUGAUGCGUGAUCCCAUAGGCCAAACUGCCCUUCACCAUGCUGUCAAAUCAGGGAGUAAGGAGAUUGUGAAAUACAUAAUUGAAAAUGCUCCUGCAGAGAUUUUGGAUGUGGCAGAAGAAGAGAAUGGUGAGACCAGUUUGCAUCAGGCUGCAGCACUUCGCCAGCGGACCAUCUGCCAUUACAUAGUGGAGGCUGGAGCUUCACUGAUGAAAACAGAUUUGCAGGGAGACACACCCAAGCACAGAGCUGAGAAGGCAAAUGAUCCCGACCUGGCUGCCUACCUCGAAAAUCGACAGCACUAUCAGAUGAUCCAGCGGGAGGAUCAGGAAACCGCCGUGUAGCACUUGGCAUGCCGUCAUCCUUUCCUGGGGGCAGAAACCGAGCAGCACGGGAAUCUGGCUAGCCUUUUCUUGAAGGUCCAUCACAGAGAGGAUCCAGAGCUUUUUGUCUGGGCUUGGCCACGGUGCUGUUAUUUAUUCAUGUAGUGGGUGUUGAACAAUGCUGACUGCCACAUCCCCCACCAACCACCACAGUCCAUGGAUGGAUACUGCUGCCUGAUAUUUCAUUCCUGUCUGCUUCCAAGUUUUCUUGACCCUCGUUGCUGCUGCUCUCAAAGCAGGAAAAAUACUCCCUUCUAGCUAUUGGUGGAGCUCCAGUUCAGAUAUCUGCCCCCUCUCCCCACGCCACCCUUAUGCAACCUUGUGUCAUCUCCCUAAAGGCAGUGUCUGCAACCCUUUUAGAUCUUCUGAAGCUUCAUCCCACCGAUUCUGCUGAUUCCCAGCAGUGGGUAUUGUCAUUCUCAGUAGUUUCAACGGUAGCAAUGCCCAUGGUCUUGGUAUAUUCUAUACUGGAAAUUUGCUAGCACAAUUUUUGAGAAGGCAUGCAGAAAAGACCCCUGUUUAUUUACUAUAGUCCUUUCUUGUUAUUCAGGCACUGAAUUCAAUUACUUGUGUAAACUCUGGGUGACAGUCACAUUGGCAAGCAAUCCAAGUAUCCAAAGCAAGCUAUGGGCUUGGUUUGCAUCCUCUCAGCACAAUAUAUCCCUCUUCCUCCCUUUCUUUUAUUCCCUUUACUAUGUUGACCCUGUAUUGCAAGUCCCCUGCUGUAAAGGAUGUUUAUAUAUCUUGUAAAAACAGGGAACACCAGGUCAAAUCCCCCUCCCUCCAAUUUAAGCUGCUGCAAGCUGAGUUUUGAGACUGCCGCACUAAAUGUUUUGAGCAAAGUGUGCCUCCUCUCCAGGUUUCUUUUUUUCCCCUCUUUCUAUGCUCAUAUAUUACCUUUUUUCUGCUUUUUACAUUCACUGAUUUAGGAAGUAGCCAGUUGUAAGCGUAUUCAAAAUAUGUUUGGAAAGUUUGAAGUUUGCUGAAAAGAGAGGAGAGAAAUCUCAUCUAAAAAGGCCAUUGUACUUGUCAUACUUAAGGAUAAAGCGUUAUCAAUAUGGAAAUUACCUUUUCGUUUUAAGGAGAUAGGAGUAACUAGGAAAUACAUCAAUAUAAAGGGAACUAUUCCUGUGAACUAGCGUUAAUGGCACACUUUGAUCCAGGGACUUGUACUGACAGUAGUAGUAACGAAUGGAAAAGUUCCUGUACAGCCAUCUAAUUCCUUGCCUAAAUAAGAAUGGUCCCUGCAAUUGGUUCUUAGACUCAUGCACAGGAACAGGAUACCCACAUCAAUUUAUAAUAUUUUGGUGCACAGACUUAAAAAUGUGCAAGUCCUAAGGGCACGAUUGCAAGCAGAUCCUAGUUAUCAUCCUAAGAUGUUUUGUUUGCCCAAGUCUCCCAUCACUACCUGUCUCUUUUUGGGGGGUUUCUAAAACAAAGCAAUCCAAAACCUCCCGACACUUAAUGUUCAGAGAAUGUGACACAUAGUCAACCUGCAUAUAGAUUGAAUUGAUACCCAACAGAUUUGAUAAAGCAGGGACUAUAUGAAAUUGAGCUGUCAUGCAGUUGAGUUUACAAACAUAUAAUCAUGCUGCUCUACCUGAACAGUUGAGAUUAAAUAAUUUGAGAGCUCUAAUUGGUCAAGAAGAGUGGACUGAAACUGGAACAAAGAUUUUUAAUAAUUUAUUUCUCCAGUGUGGGCAAGAAUUCUUAAAUCUCAUUGAGGCUAUGGGUUCUGUUCUCAAACUGUUGUAAAAUAGGUAGCUUUCUGUGGACUGAGGACACUGGAUCACUAAUUUAAGGACCCAUAGAAGAAAGUUUAAAUAAAUAGGGGCAUCUUAAAGAGCAGGAGAAGCAAGCUGCUGGUGAAAUCUGCAUGUAAAACUUACCAGGGAUUAUCUUCCAUAGAUGCAAGAGUUUGAAUUUAGAAAGAGUAGACUUUAAAGGUGUGAUUCUCUGAGUUCUAGGGGGCUCAACGAGAUUAGAGUCAAGAAUUUAUUUUUUACAUACCACUCAGAUAUGUAAGAAUAUCUUAUAUCUGUCUGGAAGCUUGUCCUCCUCCAAGGCUGAGCUUGCCUGCUUUCUGUAUCUAAUGCUUUUAAGAUUGAGAUACUAAAUAUCUCUGAUAGCACCUGAGACUUGAAAAGAUGGCCAAGUGUCCAUUUGAUCCUGCUCUGGGAGCUUGCUUUUUCCAUCUAGUUAGGUCCCUGUCCUUUAAAUGUGGCACUAAGCAAAGGAUAAUACCCCAAAGCAGACUGCAUUCUGAGCACAGGUCCCAGGCAAGAUGUGAAUUGUUCUAGAUCAGAAGCACUGUCAUCUCUUUGACAUUGCCCCUUCUUUCCUCUCCAGAGAACAGCUGAAACAUUUGGGCAUCUGAGGGUGGUGCUGACUCACAGCUGCACCAUAUCAAGCCUAACUGGUUGGAUCAGCUAGGUCUUUGGCCUUGUACAACCAACUGACAUGCCAAUGAUGGCAACUUCCCAUCCUGCAUGACGAUGGCUGUUGUAGGUCAACAGAAGAGAAUGCCCCACGCUUUGCUCUAAACUAGGAGGACUCAUGCUCUGGAUUUUUAAAAUUUUAAACAUUCCUCUACAUACAAGCUGUUUUAUAGCCCUAUAGGCCUGCUAGCUUCUCUUCCUCCCUUUUAUAUGUCUUCUUAAACUUUGUACAGGUAGUUCAAAAGCACACUGUUUCCUCAUCUCUAAAUGUUUGUUUGUGCAUGUGUGUGUCCUAAGCUGAGUUGCUGUGCAAUUCAAACCUUGACUGGUUCUACUCCAAGGGGGAAGGAGUGUGUUUGAGAGUGUUUUUCCCCCUGUGCAAUACCUGAUUCCCAUUUCCUAGAUUCAGACUGGUAGGACACUUUUGGUUUGACUGUUUUGGUUUGGUUUUUUGUUUUGUUUUUUAAUGUAACUACAUUGGAAGCUUGUGCUUCUGACUUUCUCUUUGACAGUUUAAAUGUUUUGUUGAGUUUUGCCAUUAAAAUAGAAGGAUGAACAUUU